AUGAGCAAUUCUGUUGCUAAGGCAUAUGGAAUCCCUUACGCCAUCAGAAAACUACGAUCUGAGAAAAAGGAGUUGCAGCUUACGGUUGUGUCUUUAUCAAAACGAAUCGAUCAUUUGAAUUAUCGUCUACGAAGAGUCAACAGGAUCAGGCGUCGACUGGCUGCUAGACUAGGGGAAGAAACGGAGAACCUUAUCUCGAUGGAGGCUCGAAAUCGCACGCUACGAUCACUGUUGGAAGCAAAAAAAACUGCUACUCCUCCGCGCCCAGCUUCCCCCAUUAACCUCGAUAGUUCUGACACGGAUUCUUCUUCGCUGCCUUCGCCAAUCCGCUAUUCUCCAGAUCGUGCUGAAUCCAGCUCUUCCGAGGACGAUUACAACCGUCCAAGAUUCGUACACCCUCAGAUUUCGAGCUCUUCCUCAGAUGAAGAAACCGAUGAAGAAACAGGCCACGAUGAAUUCGACUUCAAGACCGAGCAGUAG